UUCCGAUAUUUAACUUCCAAUAAGGAGGGGCCAAGAGCAAUUAUCCAAAGUCCAUAAAUCCGAAUUAGCCCAAAAAAAUUUCGUUGCGUUUCCGUUUACGCGCGCGUUCACCCACCAAGUGUUUGAUUAUUUGCGUCACUGAACAAAGAACAAAACAUUUCAUCGUGUUUAUGAUCUUUUAACACCACCAUUCUAAACACUGCUAAAUCUCAAUGCAUUUGACUCCAUUUUUCCGCAAUUUCAACACAUUAACCUUGCAACAAAUUCGUUUCUAUACUCGUCGUCGUGACCCUUUUCCCACCAAAAUUUGCCACUACUUAAACCGUGCAAAACUCAUCGAUUCAAUUCGACUUUCACUUCGCUCCAAAAACCCUAAUUUCACACUCCCUAAUCUCAUAAACCACCGUUUAUUUGACUCUUUUGUUCUCACUCAUGCACUUCGUUCUGCACCUGGUGCAGAUUCUGCACUUUCUCUCAUUAACACCAUUGAGAAUGCAAAAAGUUCCAAUUUUUCACAUACCCAGAAUACCCUACAUGCCCUUGCCACUGUUCUUGCCAAAUCCGGUCGAUGUGUUGAGCUCAAAUCGCUUAUCGAUGAUAUCCGAAGUAAACGGUUUGGCAAUGUUAAGAUUAGUUUUAUGAAUUUAAUUAAGUGGUAUGCUGAAGCUAAGGAUAUUGAUUCUGUUCUCGAGGUUUGGGAUCGGUAUAGAGUUGAAAGUAAAAUAGUAUGUACUGAAUCUUAUAACAUUGUUAUGGCUCUUUAUGUUGAAAUGGGAAAGGAUUUUGAGGCUGUUGGAGUUUUUUGUAAGAUGGUUGAUGAUGGGUCGGUUCCGAAUUGUAGAAGUUAUAGUAUAAUAAUUGAGCAUCUUGUGAAAUGUAGGAAGUUUUUGGAAGCUAUUGAGGUUUUUAAUUUGAUGCCUUUGAUGAGGAUUAAACGUACUUUGAAGCAGUAUUCGGUUUUAAUUGAAGGUUUGGUUGGUAGUAAAAUGUUUGAAGAAGUUGGUGUUUUGGUUAAUGAGAUGCAAGUUGAUGGAAUUUUACCUAGUCGAACGGUGAGUUUGUUGUUGCAGCAGGUAAAGGAUGAAGGAUUUCUUAAGGAUGUAGAUGAAUUGUUUGGAGAAAUUUGCCCGGAUGAGAGAAUCAAGAAUGUAAGUUUUUCUAUUGAUGACAGUGACGAGGAUGAGGGUGAGAAUGAGAAUGAUGCUUCGCAAUGUGAUCAUAUAGAUGGGGUCUGCUUAAAACCGUGGAUAGAUCCGCGGUCUUUGGCUAGUGCCUUGCAGAAUUGGAGUCCUGAUGAGGUAUCAGCACUAGAGGGUGCAAACUUUGUGUGGACAACUAGGUUGGUGUGCAAGAUACUUAGAAGUUUCAAGUCACCGGAUACUGUGUGGAAUUUCUUCUGCUGGGUUGCAGAUCAACCUGGAUUUACUCAUAAUAUAUACACGGUGCAAAGAAUCAUGACGCUUCUAGCUCGCCAUGGACGUACUGAAUUAGUUGAUAAACUCAUAUAUAAGAUCAGAAUAGAGGGAAUGAGACUACCAUUCAGUACCAUAAGGUUAAUCAUCGACUUUUAUGGGAUUUCAAAAAAUGCUGAUGCUGCUCUGAAGGUUUUCAACGAUGAUAGAAUACUUUGUGGGUCUAUAUCGAAAGUUAACUUGAUGCUUCUGUAUUCUUCUCUUUUAAGAACAUUAACUAAGUGUGGUAGGGAUUCUGAUGCCCUGGAAAUGGUUGAUGAGAUGAUUUUAAAUGGUAUUUGCCCUGAUAUCCAAACAUUUUCAGGUCUAAUGCAAUAUUUUUCACAAAGUGGAGACAUUAAAACUGUGCACAAACUCUUUACGAUGGUCAAGCAGAGUGGUUUUAAGCCAGACGCGUAUCUGUUUAAGGUGCUAAUCGAAGGUUAUUGCCAGUCGAAAAGAGCUGCACUGGCUUGGAAGCUAUUUGAAGACAUGAAGAAUGCAGGUUUGAUGCCUGAUUCUUCCACCAAAGAGUUGCUUGUGAAGAGCCUUUGGAGAGAAGGGAGACGGAGAGAAGCCGCAGCAGUUGAAGAGAGCUGUGAGGAAGUGAAUGUGGUCCUUCCACUUGCAUUACCUGGUCAUGUUUGGACCGUCAGCUCUGCAGAUCUCACAAGAGUUUAUAACAUUUAUUCGAAUUGUUUUGCUUCAAAAGGUGGCUAGAGUUAUCCAUUGGGAUAUGUGAAUUAUGAUAGAGGUGUACUUCUCCAUGCAUAGAAGUAUAACAAGUGGAUAACAAUAACCAAGUUCCUUAACCUGUGAUAUUUUUUUUGGGAAGGGUUGCAAAAUAUUGUGUAAGUUGCAGUAAAUAUGAGUUAAAAAAAUGUACUGUUGGCAGGACAUGACUUCAUACUAAGGAAUUAGCUCUUGUUCUUUGGAUACUUAAUGCUUCAUUGUAUUCACUUGGUCAAGUGCUCGAAAUCAUCUUUGCACAAUCACAGAAUGAAUUAACCUUUGGUUGAUGUGUUGAGAGCUACCCUCAGUCUUCUGCUGACUUCUGCAACAUGAGGGGAAUCUAAUGAUUUUAUUUUUGGUUUAAAAAGAGUAUCUUCGUGUUCAACUCUGGAGACUAAUCCCUCAAAUUCGAUAGGACCACAUGAGAGGUAAUGUUGUUCCCGAACAGUUUUAACACUCCCUAUAUUUUUAGGGUACAAUUUGAACCCAAGACUGCUGGUUAAGCUUGAAAAGACUUAUGUCAUUUUAUUCAAGCAUUUUUGGCUUAGAUGAUCAUAAAGUACAAAAAGCUACAGUCAAGCAAAGGAUGGUAGGGUAAGAAGGACAUCUUAUUCUAUUUAAUUUGGGAGAAGUCAAGUUUAUGCGGUGAUGUAUAUGUCGUUUUAAUCCGAAUUAGCUAUGUAUUAGAAAUAGGAAACAUAUAAAUGAUGGUGAGUUUGUUAAGGUAUUUUAAUAUAUUGAAACCUAUGCAACUGGAAGUGUCAACAUUAUAGCUGUUCAUUGCCUGUUAUUAUAUAUGAUCUUGGCUUUUGUUAAAUGGCAAACCAUAUUUUUUGCUUGAGUUUGUCCCUUAAAAUUUUGGUAAAGGCAUCAAGUUAGUUGGUCUUUAGGUACCAGCCAGCUAGCUGACAUUGUGUAUGGACACCAAAUUGGAUUAUAAUACUUAAUACCUUCUUUAUUAUACUAUGCGCAUGAUUUCAUACUUAAUUAGGAUUUGUCCACAGUGCCUAAGAUUUGAAAGGAUAAAUAGUAGAACUAUUGACACAGACAGCAGCAUAUUUUUAUUAUCAUGCCAGAAAAUACUUUAUGUCCAAAGAAGAGAUAAAUAUAAAGUUAGAGGUAUGGCAAUAAGUCUUGGUUGUUACAUGCCAUAAGAAACUCUACUUUUUCCUUCCCUCUUAACCUGCGUUUUUUCACAACUUCACAACAAUGGCUAUCUUCUUUCUUCCGUCUAGUUCUCAUGCUCUUUUUCUUGCAUUUAUGUUGUUUUUUCUCACUAAUAUCUCAGCUCAACCUCUACAAAUCAGUGAAACAAACUUUUCAUGCAAGGCCGAUUCACCUCCUUCAUGCGAAACUUAUGUGACAUACUUUGCCAAAUCUCCGAAUUUCUUGAGCCUAACAAACAUAUCUGAUAUAUUUGAUAUGAGUCCUUUAUCCAUUGCAAAAGCCAGUAACAUAGAAGAUGAAGAUAAAAAGCUGAUUCCAGGCCAAGCCUUACUGGUACCUGUAACUUGCGGUUGCGCUAGAAAUCGCCAUUUUGCAAAUUUCACUUAUACAAUCAAGCUAGGUGACAACUACUUCAUAGUUUCAACCACUCAAUAUCAGAAUCUCACCAAUUAUAAGGAAAUGGAAGAUUUCAACCCAAAUCUAAGUCCAAAUCUAUUGCCACAAGAUAUCAAAAUUGUAGUCCCUUUAUUCUGCAAGUGCCCUUCAAAGAAUCAGUUGAACAAAGGAAUAAAGUAUCUGAUUACUUAUGUGUGGCAAGCUAAUGAUAAUAUUACCCUUGUAAGUUCGAAGUUUGGUGCAUCACAAGCGGACAUGUUUGCCGAGAACAGUCAAAAGUUCACUGCUGAAACCAAUGUUCCAAUUUUGAUCCCAGUGACAAAGUUACCGGAACUCGAUCAACCGUCUUCAAAUGGAGGAAAAAGCAGCAUUCAAAAACUUCCAGUUAUAAUUGGUAUUAGCUUAGGAAGUGUUUUUUUCAUUGUAGUUUUAACACUAUCACUUGUGUAUGUAUAUUGUCUCAAAAGGAAGAGAUUGAAUAGGACUGCUUCGUUGGCCGAGACUGCGGAUAAGUUACUUUCAGGUGUUUCGGGUUACGUAAGCAAGCCAACAAUGUAUGAAAUGGAUGUGAUCAUGGAAGCUACAAUGAACCUGAGUGAGGAUUGUAAGAUUGGUGAAACAGUCUACAAGGCUAAGAUAGAUGGUAGAGUUUUAGCAGUGAAAAAUAUCAAGAAAGAUGCUUCUGAGGAGCUGAAAAUUCUGCAGAAGGUAAAUCAUGGAAAUCUUGUGAAACUAAUGGGUGUGUCUUCUGACAAUGAUGGAAACUGUUUCCUUGUUUAUGAGUAUGCUGAAAAUGGAUCACUUGAUGAGUGGCUGUUCUCGGAAUCUUCGAAAGCUUCAAACUCGGUCGUCUCGCUUACAUGGUCUCAGAGAAUAACCAUAGCAAUGGAUGUUGCAGUAGGUCUGCAAUACAUGCAUGAACAUACUUAUCCAAGAAUAAUCCACAGAGACAUCACAACCAGUAACAUCCUUCUCGACUCAAACUUUAAGGCCAAGAUAGCAAAUUUUUCGAUGGCUAGAACUUCAACAAACAACAUGAUGCCGAAAAUAGAUGUUUUUGCUUUCGGGGUUGUUCUGAUAGAGUUGCUUACCGGCAAGAAAGCGGUAACAACGAAAGAAAACGGGGAGGUUGUUAUCUUGUGGAAGGAUUUUUGGAAAAUUUUUGAUAUAGAAGGGAAUAGAGAAGAGAGGUUAAGAAAAUGGAUGGAUCCUAAGUUAGAGAACUUUUAUCCUAUUGAUAAUGCUCUUAGUUUGGCUUCUUUGGCAGUGAAUUGUACCGCAGAUAAAUCAUUGUCAAGACCAAGUAUUGCAGAAAUUGUUCUUUGUCUUUCUCUUCUCAAUCAACCAUCAUCUGAACCAAUGUUGGAAAGAUCUUUGACAUCUGGUUUAGAUGUUGAAGCUACUCAUGUUGUUACUUCUAUCGCAGCUCGUUGAUCAAGUGAAGGUACUAAUGAUUCAGUUUCUCAUAUUCUAGAUGUUACUUUGUUUACAUUAUGAUUAUUACUUCUUUAUGUGUGGAAGUAUAUGGUUAGUUUAAUUUUAGUUUAAUUAAAGGGAGUGUUCUAAAUUCCAUUUUUCUAUCUGUUAUUCUUUAAUGCAUGAGUUUUAGCAAAGUGAAUUGUAAGCUGCUAUUGAACUCAAUAAAUUUGCUUAUUUCAUAGUCUUUGUUAAUCAGACAAUUAAGAUUUACACUUGUUUUUUUUCCAAGUAUCAUAACAAUAGGUUUGAGUUUAA